AUGUCGUCCUCAACUACUCCCGUUCCGUUCUCAGAGCCUGCAUGGCUCGCAGGCCUACCCUCCCCCUACUACAAAGAGACGCACAGGAAAUGGCAGAAAAAGUGUCGCGCGUUUGUUGAAGAACACCUACUCGCCAAUGCCAUGGAAUGGGAGCGAGAAGAGACAGUGCCCGACCACGUAUUCCCGACAUUUGCUAAACACAACAUGCUCAUCCCGAACCUGCCCGCGCCGCUGCCAGUCGAGUGGUUGAAGAGACUGGGCAUCAAUGACAUCUUGGGCACCCCAGUAGAAGAGUGGGAUUACUUACACACGGGCAUAUAUCUGGACGAGAUGGCGCGAUCAGGGCUCGGCGGACCGGGCGGUUCCAUGACAGCCGGACACUCAUUUGGCAUUCCGCCCAUCAUCAAGUUCGGCAGCAAGGCACUGCAUGAGAAAUUCCUGCCCGACCUCCUCCCAGGCAAGAAACGAUGCUGUAUCGCCAUCACCGAGCCGGGCGCCGGCAGCGACGUGGCGAACAUCGCGACGACAGCCACCAAGACGCCCGACGACAAAUACUACGUGGUCAACGGCGAGAAGAAAUGGAUCACCAACGGCUUCUGGUCCGACUACGCGGCGAUGGCCGUCCGGACAGGCGGACCCGGCGCCGCGGGUCUAAGCAUGAUCGUCUGUCCUCUCAAGGGGUAUCCGGGCGUCAAAAUGCGUCGGCUCAAAGUGGCGGGCCAGAUCAGCGCGGGCACGACAUACAUCGAGCUCGACGACGUCAAGGUGCCCGUGGAAAACCUCAUCGGCGAUGAAGGUAUGGGCAUGCGCUAUAUCAUGACCAACUUCAACCACGAGCGGCUGCUGAUCGCGGUCUCGGUGACCCGCCAGGCACGCGUCGCGCUGUCCGCGGCGAUCGAGUAUGUCAUGAAGCGCGAGGCGUUUGGCAAGACCCUCGUCGAACAGCCCGUUGUGCGCCACCGGCUGGCCAAAGCCGGCGCCGAGCUCGAGUCCCUCCAGGCGUGGGUCGAGCAGUUCCUGUACCAUAUGACGCAGCUGUCCAAGGCCGAGGCGGACGUCAAGCUCGGCGGGCUCACUGCUCUGGCCAAGGCGAGGGCGGGGAUCGUCUUCAACGAGUGUGCGCAGACCGCGGUGCUGUUGUUCGGCGGCAAUGGCUACACGCGCACCGGCCAGGGCGAGAUCGCCGAGAGAAUUUACAGAGAGGUGCCCGGGGCGAGGAUCCCCGGUGGGAGCGAGGAUGUCAUGCUCGACUUGGCCAUCAGGCAGCUGGUCAAGAAUUAUCGCAAUGCCUCCAAGUCCCUGGAGAGACCGAGUGGGAGUAGUAAAUUGUAA